AUGGAGGGAUCGAACAGCACGCCUACUGCCGCCAGCGGGCGGUCCAAAGCAGCAAAGAGCAGGAACACCGAUGUCCGCAAAGAACAAAAUCGAGUCGCGUCACGCGCGUAUCGAGAAAAACGCAGACAGAAGUUGGCCCUGCUGGACGAACUCCUGAAAUCGGAUUCUUGUGCCGACUCCAUGAGCUCGGUAUCUGAUGAGACAGACGCCGCUCAAACGCCUCUGUCUAUAUCGCAGAGCAGGCAUGCAUCAAAAAGCCCUGCGCCGCCAACACUGCCUACGAUUCCAGUAGCAGCACAGUGGCCGCCCGUGGCCCAGGCUAUGGGUUCCAGUGGUCCGACCUUUGGACAGGAGACGUAUGCCAGUUACUGGAUGGACUGCUUCGAUCGGCCCGGCGACUUUGUCACUGCAAAUACGACAUACUCACACCCGUUCAUCCCUACCGAUGUGGACGGUAGCAAUCUAGGGACUUCUUCUUCCCAGUACAUAACGCCCAUCCCAUCAAUACCAUCAAUGCCAUCGACACCGCAGUUCCCUGCCGAAUCAGAACCAUCCGAUAGAAAUCUGGCCCCGUAUCACACGUCGUCUCUACCCAGCAACAGUGUCCAUGACCUGCCCAGUUUGCCGGGAUACGACAGCGUCGAGAUCCCGGCACUGGAGAGCGACAUGAUGAACGCGCUGGAGAGCCUGGCGAAACUGAAUGACGCCCAACAGCAGCAGAUUCUCACCUUGAUACAGAAAAAAAGAAGUGCGUCGCAGUCGAUGGGCAGCGAUCAUAGCUUCCACCCCAGGCUGGCAGAUUACCACGCCGGGGCGCCAACUUCAGUUCAUAAGCAGCGACAUGCGAUCCACCACACGCCAUGGUAG